AUGAUGGGAUGGCCAAGUCUUAUCUUCUUGCUGGCGCCCCUGGCGGCGUGUCAGGAGGAAUAUGGUUUUGCCAAUCCUCUUAAACCCAUUGGAGACAGUGCGGAGAAGGCCGUAGAAGCACCUGGACAAGGGGUCACUGCUUCUGGGGUUCACAGCCUCGUGGUCUUCACAGUCUUCGACGACUACCCUUAUGCGUGCAAAUGCGUCUCGAGGACUCCGGACUCGCUCGUGGGGUACUGCAAGAAUGACUACAACACAAAUUGCUACAUGCCGAAUGCAGGACUUGGUUCCAGAGCCUCACUCUUGACGUUUCUGGGCCUCGCAGUGGCGGUGGCAGGAUCAUGA